GUCUCUGUUGUUGUUUACUCGCUCCGCCCCACUCUCUUUUCUUCUCUUCAUCUGCAAAUUUUGUUUUCCCUCCAUUUAUUGUGCUUCCGCCGCCGCCGCCGCUAUCAACCAAUCACUUACUGUCUCCAUGAAAUGGAUGACAAGCUGCCGGUCAGUAAUUUUGCGGACCUAAAAAACAUAAAGGUUGGAUUUUUAUUUUAUGGGUGCCUGCUUCUUUCCAAGAAAUUCUUCAUUCUCUCCAAAAUUUUGGGCAACCCCUAAGUUUGAUUUUCUUACAAGGUUCGUAACUGUAAAUAACAGUAGCAGCAGAUUUUCGUGCAAUAUGAUGUACAGUCGUGUUUCUACACUUCCUUUAUCGGAUGAUUCUGAUUGUUCCACUUCGAAUUCCGAAAGUAAUUCGGAGAGUGAAAUUACUGUUUUAAGAGAAAAUAACCGUGACCGUAAAAGCAUUAAGCUGUUUUCUACUGUUGUUAGAGUGUUCAAGUCUUUUAAUUGGAACGCAGCGAAAAAAUUAUGUUCCGCCAAGUCUGUGGAGAAAUACGGUAUUGAUCGAUGGGUAGCGGCUUUUAACGUUGUUGUUCGUGUAUACGCGUGUGCGGAAAUGCAAAUGGAAGUUCACCACUUGCUUAGGGAGAUUGUUUGCUGUUAUCAGAAAGCUGGGCUCGAUUUGUUUGAUAUACCGUAUGCUUUAUUAGAUUCCCCGAGUGAUGCAGAAGGGUCAACUUUCUUGGUCAAUGAACUCGUCAAGGUUUUUGCUUCGAAUGGGAUGUUAGAGAAUGCAUUGGAUGUGUUUACGCAAGCCAGGAGAAUUGGGUUUCAACCUGGUAUUCGGUCGUGCAAUUUCUUGCUUAAAUGUUUGGCGCAAGCCAAUGAAAGGGAGAUUGUUAUGAUUUUAUUCGAAGAAAUGAAGAAAUACGGACCGUUUCCUAGUGUGUAUACCUACACAAUUAUGAUGAAUUUUUACUGCAAUUAUGGUCGUGGUAAAGAAGGUAUUUAUGAAGCAACUAACAUUUUGGAGGAAAUGGAGACAAUUGGGAUCAGUCCAUCGGUUGUAACUUACGGUGCGUACAUUCAUGGACUAUGCAGAGUCGGACUUAUUGAUGAAGCUUGGGGAUUUAUCGAAGAAUUGAAACGCGAUAAUCAGCCACUAAAUUGUUACUGCUAUAACACGGUUAUUCACGCGUAUGUAAAUAAAGGUGAACAAGAUAUGGCUAUGCAGGUGUUUUACGAGAUGAAGAAAGGUUUGGUUGCAGCAGAUGCAUAUAGUUAUAGUAUUUUGAUCGAGGGUUUUUGUCGAUGUGGGAAUAUUGACAAAGCUCUUAGUUUGCUUGAAGAGAUGGAAAAUAAUAAUAUCAAACCUUCUCGUGUCACGUAUAGCUCGAUUUCAAAAGGCUAUGCAAAACAUGGGUCGAUGCGGAACUCGUUCGAUUGGUUCCAAAAGAUUGAAAAUUCUGGUUACAAGUACGACCAGCAUGCGUACAACAUUUUAAUUAGUGGAUUUUGUGAUCAGGGCGACAUGGGUUCUGCGAAUAAGGUUUUCGAGGCGAUGGUCAGAAAUAAGUUGGAUCCUAAUAAAAGCAGUUACAAGCCUUUAAUAGUGGGGUUCUCUAAAAUCGGUGCGUUUGAGAAAGCCUUGAAGUUUUUCAAUAGCAUGGAAGAUGCGGGUUUUCUUCCCGAUUGCUUUACAUGCAACCACGUGGUGAAUGGAAUUUGCAACGAAGGGCGAGUGGGUGAAGCUGUGAAAAUGAUUAACGCAAUGUGGGGCGUAGGCAUUUCUCCGAAUGUGUUUACGUAUAGUGCGGUUAUUCACAGGCUGUGCAAAGAUCGGAAAUCGGACGAGGCACUAGUGCUUAUUCCACUAAUGCUUAAGUGUAACGCACUCCCUAAUGUUGUGACUUAUAGUAUCCUCAUCGAUGGAUUUGUUAAGCAGGCGAAUCCGAGUAAGGCUCUUGUGAUUUACGGGAAAAUGUUGAAAAUCGGGAUUUGUCCCGAUUUAGUCGCGUACGCGAUACUCGUUAAUGCGUUAUCCACUUUUGGAAGGGUGGAUGAGGCGUACAGUGUGUUCGAAGAAGUGAUUUCUAAGGGCUUGAAACCUGAUGAAAUCUUUUACACGAUCUCUUACACUUCGAUGAUAGCUGAAUUAUGUCGGAGUAAAAAUAUGAAGAAAGCUUCCGGUCUCUUUAAGGAAAUGGAGAGAGAAGUUUCGCCUUCGGUUGUUACUUACACGUGCUUGAUUGAUGGAUUUUUCAAGAUCAACCAAAUGGAUAAGGCCGAAUCGCUCGUAAAAGAAAUGGAUAAGAACAAUGUGUGCCGUGAUAAAAUCGCCUACGAUGUUCUCAUUCAUGGGUUUCGAAAACAUGGAUGUGAAGAUAAAGCUCAGCAACUAAUCGAUGAAAUGGAGUAUAGGGGGAUUACUUCUUGAUCAAGGUACCUGGAAAACGUGAGGGCUUUUUCACCUUGUAUGCUGUUCAGAAAGGGAGCACUGUCGGAUGUGCGCUUGUCUUAACAUCGUACCACAUCGAGUUCUACUGAUGCGCGUACGUUUUAUUCCGAAAAAUACGGAAAAUAGCAAAUUACAUGGGUAUUCAAGAAGAGUAAAAGUUAUGGUGGAAUUCAACGAGAAGCUUUUCUCCACCAAGUUAAACUUCUUAACGAAACGAUGAAGUUCGUGUCAAGUCAGUUCAGAUUAUGCAGAGGAUCAAGUAAGCUGGAUGCAUGAUGAUCUGGCAAUUGGAGGUUCUCUGGUGGCAAAAAAGAUGGCUCAGAUGAACUCUUGCUCACUUUUGUCAACUAUAUGGGAUUUUCUUGCUCUUGGUCAACUGCAGUUUUUAGGACAAAGUCAAAGUGGUGUUGUAAUUAUUUCUGUAAAUUGUAAUGGAAUUUUUUUAAUUAACUAGAUUCUCCAUUUUCUUUUUAAUCUUUUGAAAAACUUUUGGAUCAUAAU